CACGUGUAACAAACAGAUGGUCCGCAUUCUCAGGUCCGCAUUGGUGCUCUUGAACUCAGGUGGAUGCCUAUUAUCGAAAAAGGGUUGCUGCACUUAUACCUUCUAGAUACCAGUCUUUGUGAAAGUAGCAGUGGAAUCAGAAGUUGUAAAAGUUAUCAAAAUACGUUUUGAGUAGAACCGUCUCACCUUUGGUUGAUUGAAACCAAGUUCCGGCACAGCAAUGGCAGAGGACAACUCCUGGGUGUUUGAUUCGUUGGUGUGCUUCUUGCAUGGUCCGGUUUGGAAUGCACCACUCCAAACUUUCAUCGAGGACAAAUCGAUUAUUUUCGAUCCGAACGUGAAACCCGACGAGGGCAAUCCCGAGUUCCGGAAGGUCCAUGACGAGUACAAAAAUCUGGUCGACUACAUGCUCGGUUCAUUCAUGGAGGAAAUGCAAAUCACGCCGGAACAGUUCGAGUUUGCCUGUCUGGAAGGUCGCAAUUCAGCGGCCAUGUCCCAGUCCCCGGCCCACAACAAUGACGGUGACAAGCAGGGUUCGUCUUCGUCAUCGUCCUUUUCAUUCCACCAAGGAUUGUUUCAGCAGAUUUGGGCAGCCAACGACAUUCGCAUAUUUAUCCGCAUGAUGACGCAACGGAAUGUGGAAAUACAGUUGCAGGCAUUGGAUUUGAUCGAACGGAGACAGGCCUCUCAGUCGUCGGUGGAAAAGGACGAUUUAGGGUCGCAGCCGCUGACUGUCGAGGGAGAGGAAGACCAGAAAACGGCCAUCGCUCAGACCGAAGGCAUUGGGAAUUCGGCUACUGAAGAGGAAAUUGAACAGGAUAUCAUCAAAUCUGUGGACGAUGAGGUGAAGGAGACGGCCUCGUUCGCAGCGAAAUCCAUCGGCGAGCCGGUGGAUGACGACAUCUUGCAAGAAAACAGUGAUAAAUUCCAACGGUUGAAUUUGUUUUUCGAGCAGGAAAGGAAUGUCCUCUAGGAGACUUAAUGUGAC